CACACACUUUGAUCAACUGAUAAAGAUUUAACAUCCUGAUGCAGAACUUGGCAUCAACACAAAGCGGAGGGGGCGGACUCUGAGACUGCAGGGAAGUGGAUGUUGGAGUUCAGGUAUCACCACCUUCCUGCCUGCGUUAGUUAACAGCUGAGAAGUGGCUCGGCACCAUCUGCUCCGACAACUUCGCUCCAACAGGCUGAGCAUCGAGGGAAACAUCCGCAUCAUGUCAGAAGAAGUUGACAGAAAGGGGGUGCUGAAAAACAUCAAAGUGCAGACCUCAGUAAAGAACGACUGCAGUUGGAUCAGAUCAGGAAACAACCAGCUGGAUCCAGUCAUCCAAAAGGAGAAAACUAAACCUGUUCCUGCAAAAAAGAGUCAAUUAGUUCUGCAGGCGACCAAGAAAUUUGAAUCAGAAAAUACUGCACCAAGUCUCCCUGCUCAAAAGACGUCACGUUUUCCAAACAAAGGAGAUUCAGCUAAUCAGGGCAAAUUUAAUCCUGUCUCAAAAGAUGCUCCAAGUAAGGAAUCACAAGUGGAGACCAAAGAAGAUAUAAAGCUUCAGUCAACCACAGAACAGCUGGUUCAAAAUUAUAAGGCUCAGGAAGACAAAUUAGUUCCAAACAGAGGACACAAAGAGGUAGAAGCUAAUGUGUUAGUAGACAAGCCUGGAGUAAACGUCAAUGAGAAAGUUGGUGAAGUUGUUAAAAAGGAAGACCAAACCCAACCAGAUGCUUUAGGAAAGCAGAAUAAUGAUGUGGUGUCUCCCGUGAAGCAGGAAGAGCCAUCACCUGCCAACAAAACUGCAGAAGUCAAAGAACAUGUAGAUGCACCGACUGAGCUAUCAAAUAUGAAUAACACUGAGGAUAAGAGCUCAGCUGAUGCUGAAGUGGAAAGCUGUGUUACAAAAGCUUCUGCUGAGGGCGGCACAUCAGCCAACUCGGUACCUGCUACAGUUCCUGCUGUAACUCAAGUUGAGCCGAAGCCUAAAGUUGAACCUUUGACCAAAACAGAGCAGGCAAAAAAUGAAAUUGUGAAAGAUGCAAGUGUUGAAGUUUUGUCUACAAAAGGUAGCUCAGAGAAAUGUCCUUCAGCAGAAUCAAAUAAAGUGUCUGCCCCCUUUAAGCCCAAGCUGCUGCCUGAAACCAGUGAUCUUGCUGCUGAAGCAGGCAAACAUGCUUCUCUUCACGCCAGGGUGGACUCAGCCCCACCAGUUAAAUCUGUAAGCAGUUCACUGGCUAAACCUUCCAAGGAUUCACCUACAGAGAGCAGCUGUGAAAACCAUCCCGCAGAACAGGAUGAGAACAAGGUUUUAGUUAUUGGUGUAGUGUUGGAGUCUCCUGCUGUGGUCAAUGCAGCACCUACACAAGAGGCUUCUCCGCUUAUCAGUGUGCAACCACUUUCCAUUACUCUACCUGAAUCACCUGCAGCUGAAAGUUCUUUUAGGUCUGCAGUGUGUGAAGUAAAUGCUGCAGCUCCUGCAGAGCCAGCUCCAAAGACCAGAACCGAGGAGGUAGUUGAACACAAAGUCCGAUCCGUUGAUUUCAACUCUCCUGAAGACAGCAUCACGCCGCCACUUGAGGAUGCAUUUGACCACGUGAUGGUGCUGGAUAUAAAAGAUGCUUUUGAACUUGAGCCCGCUGCAGACACUCGGGAGUAUUUAGUUAACAAGCUAGUCGUUGAUCCGACUGAUGCUUUAGAUUUCGAUGCAGCGAGCAACGAAUCAACAAAACCUAAAGAUUCAGAACAAACCCUCCCAGAGGAGCAGAAGCGGAAGAUUGACGACACCAACGUGAAUCACCUUAAGAAGCCUGCAGGGGAGAUAUGUAAUAGAGAAACUCCCAAAAAGGACAGCAUCAGGUCUUGCGAAUCGACCUGUUAUUACUGUAACACAACCAUUGAUGGAAAAGUGAGGAUCAUAGUGAAUGAACCUGCAAUAGUCUGCCACGAAGAGUGCCUUAAGUGUGGCGUUUGUGCAAAGGUCCUUGGAGACUUGCUGACUGCCAUGUUCCAGCACAAACAUCUGAUCCAUUGCAAGGAUUGCUUCACGAAAGCUGUUCAUCUGGACUAGCUACUAUGUGUGUCAAGGGGAAUAAUGUGCUGCCUGUUGCUCCACUCUGUGUUUUUCUAAACUACUUCAUCUGAAAAUGAAGACAUUAAGGAUUUUGUGAUUGAAUCGUUUGUCUGCUGUAAUCACAAUUAAAAUACAACAUGGUUAAAAUAAAAUGACAAGUAAACACGUCA